AUGAAACCCCGACGGGAGCCAAUACUCCAGAACAAGAGCAAGAAUCAGAAGCGAAAAUUACCGAACGGAUUCUUGUUCGAAAAGCAAGUGUCGAGCCACAAGACAAACAUUGAGGCUUUACUAGGCCAGACAAUCGACGAAGAACCUAGGCAGGGCCUGGUCUCCGUAAACUGCCAGAUUCUUGAUGACAAAUCUACAUCUUGUGUUCGUAUGCCUGGAAAGCUAGGCAAGAUUCAUGGAGAUAAUUGCUCGUUAGAUGCAGCUCUAGCAGCAUUCGAGGGCAAGGUCGCCCGCACUGAUGCGACUAUCAAAACGAUCUGA